AUGGGUAGUGUCAGCAGUUUGAUAUCAGGACACAGUCUCCAUAGCAAACACUGCAGAGCCUCACAGCACAAACUCAAAAAAGGACACCAUUUAAAAAAAACGGGCCUACUAAGGUAUGGCUUUUCUCAGGACACCAGUGCGACCAACAACAACUCCAAAGCCAUCUUCCAGUCUGGCAAGAAUGACGACUUCUUUUACAUAAAGGUCAGCAAUAACAAGCCCCAUGUUAGUCAACACAGAAACAGCACGCUGGAAGAACCGGAGGGAGGAACAGACGACCUGAACGCACGGAGAGGAACUCCUCCAGAGCUGGUUCCUCUUUCUGGAAAGCUGGAGAAGAAUGCAGAGAAGCUUUUGAUCCGGCCCACUGCCUUUAAGCCUGUGCUUCCUAGGAGUACCAGUUCUUCCAUGGAGACCCAUAACAACCUGAACCAGAUCAUAGGCGUCAGCCUCAACUCCAAAGAGCCGAGCGAUCCCAAACAAGAAGCCGGCUCCGCGACUCUCUCCGACUCAGGCCGCAACUCGAUGUCCAGUCUUCCGACCCACAGCACGAGUGGCAGCAGUCAGAUGGACAACCUCAGCACUUCCACGGGUCACUUAGUGAGGCACGGGGGCUCGGCCCAAAACAUGGGUUUGGCCCAGCAACAACACAGCAGCGUGAAUGGGGCAGGUGGGAACAGCGGAUCCGGCUGGAUGACUGGAACUAGUGGAUCAAACGGGAUCAAUGGGACGAACUGGAUCAAUGGUACUUGUGGAUCUAACGGGACAGCAAGCUCCAGUGCAAAGUCUGUUGGUUUGCUCGGAGAGAGUGUGACCUCAGCAAUGAGCCUAAACAGGGAUACGACAACUGCUGUGGUGCCUGUCUCUCUGACUGAGCCCCAGAUUAGCAUGUUCUCCAAACCACAGGAGCUGUUUUCGGAACCAGGACCAACGGACCCUACGACAUCAGGUGGCUGCGUCCGGUCACCGAUCUCCAUGGAUGAGUCACUGAUCCAGCAGCUGGAGAGGAAGCUUCUGGAAAGGGAGUCAGAGUUGGCGGAGCUGCAGACGACCUUCGAGGAGAAGGAGUCUGACACGUGCCAGCUGUUUGAGGAGAAGCAACGUUACUGUGCGGAAGAGAUGGAGGGACUCAAACAACGUUGCUCCACCAAGCUCCGUCAGGUGUCCCAGAGGGCCCUGAGAGCCCAGCAGCUCCUACAGCUCCAAGUCAUCCAGCUUCAGCAGGACAAAGAGCGGCUACAGGAGGAGGUGGAUCAGCUGACCAGGGACAAGGAGGCUGCUGAGAGCAAGCUAAGAAACUGCGAGCGCCAGCAGACACAGCUAGCACCAACACUGGAGGAAACUCAAUGGGAGGUGUGCCAGAAGUCAGGUGAGAUCUCCUUGCUGAAGCAACAGCUGAAAGACUCACAAGCAGAUGCAGGACACAAGCUGAGUGAGAUUGUCAGCCUCAAAGCUUCGCUCAGAGAUGUCAGGAGUAAAAUGGAGGAACUGGAACAGAAAAACAAAGAGCAGGAGGAAGGUCUCCGCGCUCGCAGCACUGAGGCUGAGGUUUGCCAGAAUGAACUUCAGAGAAAGAAGAAUGAAGCAGACCUCUUAAGAGAGAAGGUUGGUACACUAGAAAUGGAUAUCAAGAACAUGAAGCAGGAUCUAGCCGUGGCAAAAGACGAACAACUUAAAUUGCUGAACAUGAGAGCUAAGCUAGAGGAAGAACGAUUGCAACUACAAAUUAGCCGAGCCAAAAUGGAAGUCCAUGGGAGUGGCAAAGCCAAAAUGGCUGAUCAGGAGGGAUCAGCUGAGAACAGGAACCCAAACCAGAGUGAACAAUCAGUGGAUACAGAUGCCCUAAAGAGGGAAGUGGAGAGACUAAGAGGAGAACUAAGAGAAGAGAAACAAAAGAAAGACAAGAUGAUGAGCAGCUUCCAACAUGAGAGGCAAACAUGGAAUAAGGAGAAGGACAAAGUAAUAAGGUACCAGAAGCAGUUGCAGUAUAACUACUUGCAGAUGCACAGAAAGAACCGGGACCUAGAGAAGAUCCUACAAGAACUGACCGUAGAGAUGGACAAGAGAACAGAGCUCGAUAUAGACGUGCACAGUUCUAAGUUUCACUAUGAAGACAUUGUUGCCACGGAAAUAUGA